AUGUCCCAUAUUCGAGGAACAGCAAACUAUAAUCUGGGCAACCGCAGUCCCUUUGGCGGCCCAGGACAAAUGAAUGCCACCGACGACCCGAGCCCGCUCGAUGCUAUCCGGCAACAGACAAGCAAAAUCGAGGACUGGUUAGAUACCAUUGCGGAUCCAGUGAAGCCGUAUCUGCCUGCCAUUGGCCGCUUCUUGAUUGUUGUGACGUUCCUUGAGGAUGCUUUGCGGAUCGUCACCCAAUGGACGGACCAGCUCAUCUACCUGCAUGACUAUAGACAUAUUCCCAGCGGUAUCACACACCUCUUCCUCUUGGGCAACGUCAUUGCUAUGCUCAUCUGCAGUACCUUUGUUAUUGCCCGUAAGCAUUCAGAGUACGCGGUCGCCGGUCUCAUUGGCGUGGUCAUUACGCAGGCCCUGGGAUACGGUUUGAUUUUUGAUCUCAACUUUUUCCUUCGCAACCUCUCUGUCAUGGGCGGUUUGCUCAUGGUGCUCUCCGAUUCAUGGGUCCGCAAGCGGUUCGCUCCGGCUGGACUGCCUCAGCUCGAUGAGAAGGACCGGAAAAUGUACUUUCAGCUUGCUGGCAGAGUCCUCCUUAUUUUCCUCUUUAUUGGAUUUGUCUUUGCCGGAGAAUGGGGUUUUGGUCGCGUCCUGGUCAGCGUGCUUGGCUUCAUUGCGUGCGUCAUGGUUGUAGUUGGCUUCAAGGCCAAGUGGAGUGCCACCAUGCUCGUCGUCAUUCUCAGUAUCUUUAAUCUCUUGGUGAACAACUUCUGGACGCUCCACCAGCACCACCCUCAAAAGGACUUUGCGAAGUACGACUUCUUCCAAAUCCUUUCCAUUGUUGGCGGUCUGCUCCUCCUGGUCAACAUGGGACCUGGUCAAUUUAGCGUUGAUGAGAAGAAGAAGGUCUACUGA